AUGUCGGAAUGUUGUGUUGAAUUCAGCUUGGGAGACUCUGCCGGAGGACGCCCUCCACUGUGCGUCGCAGUUCGACGCCCAGAGUCACCUCCAAGCCACUAUGAGGCGGUAAACCGUUGUGGAGGCGCUCUCUACUAUGUGCCUGAUUUAAGCAUCGAUUCGAACUAUCUUUCGACAACAAGUGGAAUGCAGAUCUCGGUGGUACAGCCUCAUCACGCUGGAGAGUACUACUGUGUUGUCCGGAACGAAUACACGAAGCAAACACGAAGAAGUCCACGAUAUGUAAAAUUAAGGGCUCCCAAGAAAGCAACUGUUGUGUCCGUAGAGGAAAAGAAGUGGAGUUGGUUUGUUGGACCGCGAAACUGUAAAACUAAACAAAAAUGGAACAAGUCACUAAUGUAA